AUGUGUGGCGGUGGUGGUGGCGGCGGUGGGGAUGUUGGCAAAUGUGGCCCCGGAGGGGACACAGAAGGCGGCCGCCUAUGUGGUGGUGGCGGUGGGGGUGCUGGCAAACGUGGCGGUGACCGUCGUGGGGCUGUUGGCAAACGUAGCGGUGGCAGUGAUGGGGUUGUUGGCAAAUGUGGCGGUGGCAGUGGUGGGGCUGUUGGCAGAUGUGGCGGUGGGGCUGUUGGCACACGUUGCCUCCGAGAGGACACAGAAGACGUCGUGGCCUUAGUGUCGUUGCCGAAAUCGACGCGGACUCCGUUGGCCCAGGCAACCGCGAUAACGCAAACCACGAAAACGACGAUCCAGCGCAUCUGA